AGCGGCAGAAAGGCGUACUGCUUGGCGGCAGGCAAACACACUAUUCGCAGCACAGAGUAGACAGAGUCGUCUGCAUCUCGGCGAGCUCUCACCACGCACAGGCAACAGGGCAACACUUGUGUUUAUUUUGAAAGUUAAAUAUGGAAGGUGCCCCAGCCAAUGGUUUCAGAGGUGGGAAAGGCCCGCCUAGGGGACGGGGCUCCGGUCCACCUGGUGGUCGUGGAUUUGGACGUGGUCGGGGUGGCUCUCCUGGAGGUCGUGGAUUUGGACGUGGACGAGGAGGCCCUCCUAGAGGACGUGGAUUUGGAGGUGGACGAGGAGGUCCUGGAGGACGAGGAUUCCGAGGUGGACAAGGAGGUCCACCUGGAGGGCGAGGAUUUCGAGGUGGACGAGGUCGUCUUCCUAACGGACAAGGACGACAAAAUCUAGUGUUUUCUGAAGUCCUCACUGAACCUGUUGAGUUGCUUCUAAUGCGGCAUGAAACUGUAACGCCUUCACGUCUUACGCCAUCAAUUAGAAUAACAAAUCUGCCAUUCACUAAGCUUGAGGAUUUCAUAGAGCUUAGACCUUUUCUUUUCCAAUUGUUGCAUAGUCGUUGCACAAUAACUUAUGAAUCAGAUAUAAUAUUGUUUUACCAAAAGAACCUUCGUGGGUUUUGGGAUGUAAUUUGUGCAUUUGGUUCCCAUCAAGGGAAAGCGACAGCUGUGAAGGCUGUAUCCAUAAUCCAUGGACAAGUGUUUAAAGAUCACCACUUGAUUGCCGAAAGGUAUGAUAGUUUGGCGGAAGAUGAUCACCUUGUCACUGAAAAUUGUGUUAGGGUCUCAAACCUGUCAACAGCAACAACAGAAGAAAUGUUAUGGAAAUUCUUUGGGAAGAUUUGUGGGAAACUUGGAAUGAUUUAUUUAGAUCUCACACAGAAAGGCUCACCGGAAGCCUUGAUUAAUUUUGAGGAACCAGAUUCUGUUGCUGAAGCCCUGAAAUUAGAUGGUGCGAAGUUAGACAAUUCUAGUAUUGAAGUGACUCAUUUGGAUUGGAAUCAGAGUAUUAGAGUUUCUAUGCCUGCGGAAAUGACACAAAAACAACUGGAAGAAAAGUUACAGGAUUUCAAGCCAACUUUCACCAGAAUUAUCUCAUCAAAAAAUAAGAUUGCAUUUGUUUAUUUCUCUAGUAAGAAAAGAUAUUCCAAAGCUUUAACAACACUGAAUGAAACAGAGUUACUUGGAAGCAAAAAUUGUGCAACUCCAGCUGUUGAGCACAGAGUGUUUACUCGUUUGUUUGAGUCUGGUCUUUUUGUGUCUCCUGGAAAGCUUGUAUCAUCUUUCCAGUCGUUUGGUGCUGUUAUAAAACAUUACCUGCAUCCAAGAAUUCAUGGCGUUUAUGUCAUUGUUUUUGAUUCUAAGCACGCAGUUGAUGCUGCCAUCAAAGCCUCUCCUGUUUUAGUCGAUGGCACAUCAUGUACUGUUUGUGACGCAGCGAACAAGCUUCCACCACCAGAAAAGAAAAAGAAAAAAAAGGGAGAGAAGGUCGUAGACUCAAAAGUGGAGGAUGAAGAGGAUGACAAUGUUGCUGAUGAUAAUAACGAACAGGGGCAGCAGGAAGAGGGAGAGGAUGAGGAUGAUGAUGAUGACGAUUCCGUUGAUGAAGAAGAGGGGGAGGAUGAUGACGAUUCGGAAGAUGAAGGAGAAGAGGAGGAGGAUGAAGAAGGUGAUGAAGAUGAUGAUGAAUCUGAAGAAAGUAUGGAUGGGUUGGUUAAACCAUCCAAUGGAGUGAAAGUAACAAAACAACCACCGCCUCAAAUCAAUCUGAAAAGAAAAGGAACUCAAGAAAACAGAGGCCAAAACAAGAUGGCCAAGUCUAAUUAAUUCUUGUAUUGUGUGAUCAGUAAGCUUUUUUGUUUUAAUUUGUUUUUGGUAAGCGAACUCGUGACCAACUUUGUUCUAUCAAAGGGAACCAAUACAGUUUCUUCGAAUAAAAUUGUCAGUCAAACAAGC